GUAGCUGGGAUAUUUCGAUAGUUUUACUCUUGUAAAAAUCGGCACUGAACGUUCCAUCAGACGAGAGCCGACCUAGCAUUUCUACGAGCUCGAGAAGUGUUUUCUUGUAGUUUAUGUUGGGAAGUAGCCAUUCGUGGUCAUUUUUCGUCACGAGGCAACCUAUCCUCACAAAAUGGUACAUAGUUUACGAAAAUCGACCGCCAUUUAGGCAUUUAAUGGCUUAAAAAUGUUGAUGUAGGUGAUUUUCCUGUGUCAAGAGAUAACUAUCUUGUAGACGUCUAUAUGUAUAUUAUAUCAGAUAUUGUUUUGGUCAAAAUUAUGAAAAAUGUUGUUUUAUGACAUAUUGAUAGUGAUUAAGUGACUUUGCCACGCGCCCAACACCUGUGGCUGCUACUAAUGACAAUGUGUACCCUAACACCGGUUGACUUGAAAAUGCGCUGUAAAAUGUUGAAUUGAAAUACCGGUAUACAAAGACUUGCUCACAUGGGCGACCUUUGUUCAACAUCCAUUCCGGUGCAUUCGAACUUGGUUAGUGGUAACCAUACUGGACAGUUUCAGGAUGUAGGAUGUAUAAUGGGAGUUGCAGCAUCCAUAAAUGAGAUAUAUUCACGAGAACAGCAGCAUUCUGACACUGAUCCUGAUGUGUACCCAGAAAUAAACAAGAAAAACCAUACAUCCAGUACUGAAGACUCUAAACAUCAGAAUCCAGAAAUAAUGGCGCACCACCCUCGCCUGGGUUCCAGACCAUCUGUCCUCCUCGGGAAAGUUGAAAAACAGAACCUGGACGAUGAACUAGAGCUUGAACAGACUGUUCUGCAAAGCAAUAAAAAGCUGAGUGCUGUCUUUAAAGGGUUUGAGAAAGCAGAGAAAUAUUUGGAGAAUAAAGGGCCGCAGCAUUUUGGGCCCUUGUACAAGUUGCUGCAUGACAAUUUUGUUACUGUCUUCACUGAUUUUCAAAAGAAUGAUGAGCGUACUGUCAUGGCUAACAAAUUGGCUAGAUCCCAGUUUAUAGAAGCAGUUAUUGAGUACUACGACUACAUACUAGAUGAGUUAGACAUUGAGGCUGUACAGAAUGCCUUCAUCCAGGAGCUUCAUGGUUUUGACGAGAACCCGCCCAGUGAAAAUAUCAAGGAAGGAUACAGCCUUGUGCUUACCAUCAGAGAAAUCCUCUGGAACUACUCUGACAGCAGCUACCGCUUCUCAGAGACAGUUUCACAGUCAAUCAUGCUAAAGAAGCUGGUUCAUGACCUUGAAGUGAUCUUUGAAGAGGAAUUUGAUGACAUGAAUGAACCUCUUGAGGGUUUAGACCUGUUUGCCUUCAAUUCUGCAGUAGGCAUUCUCCACAACUGUGCUCGCAAUCCAAAUGUGGACAAGAGUCUGUUUAGGAACGUAAACACAAUAGAAGUGCUGACCAAAUACCUCCAGUCUAGCCUUGUCUAUGUGAAAAUGGUGACCGUUCUUGUACUUGGCAACCUUGUAACUGAGAACGAAGUUUCCAAACUUGCAACCGACAAUAGCGUGAUAGACUUCCUUCACCAGGCAACAAUCAAAGCAGCAGACCAUAAGGACCGAAAAGAAGGCGGCUUUUCACUGUGUGAACUCAUUGAAGGCCUUGCGUCCAUGGCCCGCAGUGAUGAAAACAAGACUCUGAUAUUCGAGAAGCAGGACAUUAUUGCUUUGGUUACGAAGAUGUUGACUGCUAAGGAUACCUCGGAUUUUGAAACCUUGGCCUGUGUGAAACUGCUGUGGGAAUUGGCUUUCCGUGACAGCAUAAAAAAGAAAAUCAAAGCAAACAAAGUUCUGGUUGAGAUAAUCAAACAGCUGCAGGAUAGUAAAAACGCUGAAGUCAAAAAUGCGGCCCGCAGUGCAUUCUUUGUGCUGGUUGGAAAGGAUCAAAGACUGGAUGCAAGUGUGAGAGAGACUCCUGGACAAUCCCAAAAGCCUCCAGUUCCAGGGGUACUUGCUGCUGCAAUUAAACCCUCAGGAAAACAUAUCAUGAUCUCCUACUGCUGGAAUGACAAGGAGACUGUCUUAAAGAUCAACCACGAGCUAGUGCAGCGUGGCUUCAAAAUCUGGAUAGACGUCCAGGAGAUGAACAAGUACCAGAAUGUGCUCGAGGGCAUGGCACGGGCUGUGGAGGAGGCAAGCAUUGUCCUCAUCUGCUACUCAGAGCACUACCAGAAUAGCCGUAACUGUCGUACAGAGGCAGAGUAUGUCUAUGCAAAGGAUAAGCCGUUCAUCCCUCUGAAGAUGCAGCGUGGCUACAUGGCAGAAGGCUGGCUGGGUAUCCUUGUGGGUGUGAAGCUGUACAUAGAGUUCUCUCCCCACUACCCAUUUGAGACCAAGCUGGAGGAACUCUCCAGCAGAAUUAGCAAAGAGCUCGGAAAGGAGCCAACUCCUCAAGAAAAUGUACCAGUAAUUAAGCCAACGACAAAGAAAACAUUCAAGAUGUGGAAAAAUGAGGACCUACAGGCUUGGUUGAAGGCUCACAAUAUGGAAGGUUCCAGCUUCAAGAAGGUUCGAGCCUUGUCUGGCGCCAACCUGCAUUAUCUGCAUCAUGUCAUGUCCAGGGCCCCAGAGACAUUCUAUCGCUGGCUUGAGACACAAUUAGGGCUCAAAACUCUAGACGAGUUCAGAACUUUUGAAGACGCAUUGAAGGAGCCACUCCAGUAAAAGUAAAACAGUUUCCUUUACCUUUCAGCGACAAUGGAACAACAGUUCUGCAAAGUGUGUGUUUCUAUUUGUCAUUUAUAUAUAAACUAGUAUUGUUAUUAAUAACAGAUUUAUCCUAUUGCUACAGAAUCCGUAUCAAAAUAACAAAUAGUGAUAUACGCUUAAAUGCAUUUAAAUGUAUUUUAAUUCUGAUUUUGGAAUAAUCUUUUUUUGUUUUCAUGUAAAUUAGUUAAGUUAGUCUUUUUAAAUUUAGUCAGAUUGAGUAAGUCAGGUAUGAUGGGGAAAAUAAAAUACUUGGUUUGUUGUUUCAGUUUUUUUUAAUAAACAUAUUGAACCCCAUUUUUGCAUUUCAUUGCAAAGUAUGUUGCAUAGAGGAAAUUUUAUCUCUAGCUUGUAAUGAAAAGCGACAGUGAAUUUUUUGUAUUUAAGUUGAUCAUUGAUCCACCUCAAUUACUUGCCAUGUAUUAUGUUAAAGCUUCUCAACCGAGAGUUGUAUCCCUUGACUUAUAUAAUUGAGCCUCAAUCUGUAUAUAUGGGACUUAAUGCAUAUGUGAAAAGUGUGUUUCCAGAUUAGCUUGUGCAGUCCGCAAGUUAUUCCUCUUUUUCAACUCAAAAUUUACAUAACACGAUUAUCUUACAAACUAUCUACACUUUUAAACUGACAACAUUUAGCAUUGAUUUAUAUCAAGUUGUGCAAGUUCACUUUAUUUAAUCUAUGUUAAGAAUAUCUUAUUUGCUUAUGUCCCAUUUUAAACAAACUUUUCUAAAUCAUUAUUAUUAUAACUGGCUUCACAAUACAACAUGUGGAAUUGGUGGGUAUUCCUCACUUCUGUGACAAGCUCUAGGUUAUGUUAAUCCAUGAGAAUACCCUUUCGUAAUGUGUUAAAAAGAAGUGUCAGUUAUGUUGUAAAUAGAUAAUUACAAGGAAGUGAAGUGUACCAUUGUUUGUAAAUGAGGCAUAUCUAGUAUGUCUUAUAACUGUGCCAUACUCCAUUAUUUAUUGACAAUUAUAGCCGCGUUCUGAAAAAACUGGGCAUAAUGCAUGUGCGUAAAGUGUCAUCCCAGAUUAGCCUGUGCAGUCAGCACAGGCUAAUCAGGGACAACACUUUCCGCCUAAACUUGAUUUUUGGCAAGGAGGGACUUCCUUGAAACUAAAAAUACCAUAAAAGCGAAGUGUCGUCCCUGAUUAGCCUGAAUUAGGCACAUGCAUUAAGCCCAAUUUUCUCAGAACAAGACACAUUAAAUCUGCGUGGGCACAGAUUAAUCAACGUAAUUUUGAUGUGUUUUUUUACUACUGGUUAUUAAAAAGUAAGGGACAAAAUAUUUGUUAUCUGUUUACAGCACUCGUAUGUCUUUGUAUAAUAGUUAAGUUUAAGUCUAAAGUUCCAAGUAUUAUUUUAAUUGCUAUAUAGAAUGUGUUUUCUAAGAAAAAUAUAAUCAUGAAAUAUUAUCAUGAGCUCAAAGUUUUGGUGCAUUUUGCUCAUUGUUUGAUUUGUACAAUCUUUUGCUGUCGUUAUUAGUUGAAUCUUGUUUCACUGAUGUUUUUUUGUAUAAGUAUUUAAUAUACAUAUAUUGCUUUGAUAUAUGUAUACAAUCUUCUGUGAUAUUAUUGUAUGUGAUAUAUUUUACAAUUUGUUUCUACCACCACCCCACCCCCAUAAGGCCCCAUAAGGUGUAUGUUUUUUAUAUAGUAGUGGAUAGCCUCAUUCCGUCUUUGCCUGCAUCUGUAACAUUCUUCUUGUGCAUUUCCUCCAACAUUUUGCAUGUGAUAUUUUGCUUACCUGAGAAAAAACUCACGGUAUUCUUAUGUUAUCACCUUUUGUCCACAUUUAUGGGAAGAUCUUGAUGAAACUUGGUCAGAACAUUGGUCUCCAUGAUUUCCCGGUCAAGUUUAAAACUUAUUCAUGAACGUGUUGUAAAAAAACAGGGUCACUAUUUCAAAUUUAGCAAAAGGCUGGUGAAUAUUGUAGAGGCAGCAUUAAGUAGUGAUUUAGCGGAACAUUUUUUCUUAUUAUCUGCCAAGUUUCAAAAUGGAUCAUAUGGGUCAAAAACUUUAUGCCGAGGUAAGAUUUAAGAAAAGCAGUCUAAGAGCCAUAUUUAUUUACCCAAUCUUCAUGAACCUGGGUGUUCCAAUGACAUUUUAAUGAAGUUAAAAACUGGUUCAUGUGGGUAUAAAAACCUAUGUCAGUAGGGCAAAUUAAAGUAAAAGCUUUUGAAUAUUCUAGAGUGCACAUUUAUUCCCCAAUCUUCAUAAACUUGAUCAAAACAUCAAUCUCAAUAAUAUCUCAUCCUUUGUCAAAAGUGGGUCACGUGAGGUUACAAAUGAGGUUACUUGGUCAAAUUAAAGUGAAAGCUUCCCACCACUUUAGAGACAACAUGUGUAGCCCUAUCUUCAUGAAACUUGACAAGAACAUUUGUCCCAAUGAUAUCUGGCAAAGUUCUAAACUUGGUCACACGGGUGAAUAACUUAAUACCCGUAACAAUAUCCCAUUAAAGAAAAGCUUGUAAAGACUCUAGAAGCCAGAUCUAUCUUCAGGAAACAUGGUUAUACCAUUCAUGCCAAUUUGAUAUUUUGAACCAGUUGGAAACUUGGUCAUUGGAACAAAACAUUAGUUCUAAAGGCCAUAUGAAAGAAGAAGCUUGCAAUCACUCUAAAGACAACAUUGAUUGCUUUGAUUGUCAUGAAACUUGGUCAGAAAAUUUGUCAGGAUGAUCUCUCCACUUUAUUCAAAAUUGGAUCGUGUGGUUUUAAAAGGUAAGUUACAAGAGAAAAUUAAAAUUAACACUCAAUAGGCCACAUUUAUUGCCUUAGCUUCAUGAAACUUGGCUAUAGAUAAUAAUCCCACAGAUAUCUGAGCUGUAUUCGAAACUGGAUCACAAAGGAUCAAUUCAAUUUUAUUUUUUUGUCAAUUUUAGGGGAAAAAAUUUGAAUACUCUGAAGGCCACAUUUAUUGCCAAAUCUUCAUGAGACAUGGUGAGAACACUUUUCUAUAUGAUAUUUAGGCAUAGUUUGAAACUAGGUCCUGUGAGGUCAUAUUGAAGAAGCUUGUGAACACUCUGGAGACAAUGUAUACUGCCCAAUAUUCAUGAAUCUUGGUGAUACUUUUGUUCAUAAUGGUAUGUCGACCAUGUUUAAUGACAGUGGUCACUUGGGGUAAGCAAGUAGGUUUACUUUUUAGCCAUCUCAGGUGAGCUCCUUAGGGCCUAAAUUAGCCCUCUGAUUUUCAUAGUUUUAUAUGAGUCGUGUUCUGAGAAAACUGAGCAUAAUGCAUGUGCUUAAAGUGCCAUCCCAGAUUAGCCUGUGCAGUCUGCACAGGCUUAUCAGGGACGACACUUUCCGCUUUUAUGACAUUUUUCAUUUAAAUGCAGUCUCUUCUUAGCAAAAAUCCAAUUUAGGCGGAAAGUGUCGUCCCUGAUUAGCCUGUGCAGACUUUUAAAAGGUUAUUGCCCUUUGUGGAAAAUGAUAUACAUUUUGAUUGCAAGUUUUAUCAAACUUACUAAAUAACUAUCUCCAAGUGCUCAAGAGUAUAUUGUCAAGGUUUAGUAAUAUCACUUCCCUUAGUUUAAAAUACUGUAUAACAGCUUCUGUGCACAAUUUGUACAUUUUCUAUGUGAUUUUCACCAAAAGUUUACAUAAUAAUUUUCUCCAAUGGUAACAGCGAAUUUUUUCUAGGUUUCACAUUGCAUUAUUUUUUAUGGAGCACUCUCUUCUGUGCGCAAUUACGUUUUUUUGUACUUUACUCUUCGAACAACAAUACACCCAUGGUGGGAGUUGCAUUGUAUUUGACAGCUUCUUCUCUAUAUUUGUAAUGUUUUUCUAAAAUUAAUCACAAAACCGAAUGUGCUAAAUAUUACAGAUCUAUAUUAACUCUUGUGCCAUGUUAAUUACAAAAGUGCCAAUCACUUAUGUCAGCCAUUGUCCUUACAGACAUAUGAAUUAAGAAGUGCAUCAUGAUAGCUGUCACGCUCUAGGUAUUAUGUUGUUAUAGUAGUUAACCAAAUCGCCAUACAUUUGGGGAAAAAACAUUAUUCUAUGGAUACUGACAAUUUUGUCAUAAUUUAAGUGGUGAUUUUAGUUUCACUUCAGUUAGUCCCAAGGAAUGUGAACUAGAAAUAUUUGAAACAUUUCAGCCUUGUUUACUCCAAAAAAAAUAAUGAGGUUAUCCAAACAAUUUUUUUUCUGGAAUAAGUCUAUUUAGACCAUAUCCAGUGACUAUGAAACUUGGAGGUCAAAGUCUAAACAUUAAUUAUUGACCAAUGACCAUGCAUGUUACAUGUGAUUGUUGAUUUCCAUAGGUUGAGUGUUCCUAUUUUGUCAAAGAUUUAUAUGAACAAUAUAUGUAGGCAUAUAGACAUUUGUUUGUUGUGUUUUAAGUUAAAUUUGUGUCCUUACAUUAAUAGUGUUUUCUUUAAUUGUUAUGCUGUGACAUAAGUGUUUUUGUUAUUAAUACCGUUUAUACGCAUAGCUACCGACAAAUGCUAUGUUUAAGUGUUAGUAGUAAUUUUCAUCAGAAAAUAUGCUGCCAAUAGGCUUGUUUUAUUACAUUGUAUUUGUUAGUUAACUUACAAACACAUGAUUUUACAAACAUAAAUUUAAAAGAACGUUUGUUAUGUUAAGCUCACCUGAGCACAACGUUCUCAUGGCCAGCUUUUUUGAUCACCUUUUGUAUAACGUUUAUCGUCAGUCGGUCAUCGUCAACAUUAACUUGGUGAACUCUCUUGUUAUCUUUGCUUAGUUUAAAAAUGGGUAUGUAGAGUAAAUAUCUUGAUCAGUAUAUCCACUGAAAGAAAAUGCUUAGUAACACUUCAGAAGUUGCAUUUUGUACCCAAUUAUCAUGAACCUUGCUCUAAACAUUUACCCUUAAUAUAUCUUGGCAACGUUAAAAAAUGGUCUCUAUCCAUAUUUAAACAUGGCAGCUGGUGAGUGGGAAAGUUUUUCUAAUAUGGCUAUUGUUAAAUCUUGUAAACACCCUAAGGUCACAUUUAUUUUGCCCAAUCUUCAUUAAAUGUGCUCAGAACAUUGUCUCAAUAAUAUCAAACAAGUUAGAAAAUGGUUCCUUUCUAAUGAUAAACAUGGCAGCCAGGAAUUGGGCAAUUGUCCAUAUACGGCAAUAGUAAAAUGUUGUGAACACUCUACAAGUAACAUUUAUAGCUUAAUCUUCUUGAAACUUUUUCAGAACAUUUAUCCAAAUCAUAUCUCAACCAUGUUUGAAAAGGGUUAUGGUCCAUUGAAAAAGAUGGUAACCAUGGGACGGGGAAGUUUUCCUUCAAUGGCUAUACCUUGAGAACGCUCUUGAAGUCACAUGUUUUGCACAAUCGUUAUGAAACUUGCUCAGAACAUUUGUUUUAAUGAUAUCUUAACUGAAUUAGAAACUUAGUUGCAUGGGUACACACUUUAGGUCACUAGGUCAAAUUAAAGAUGUCAUAUUUAUUGCCAAAUCUAAUUUAAAAUCUUUUUCAGAACAUAUGUCUUUAUAAUAUAUCAAGUCACAACAUUCUCUUCCUAUUACAUCUAGUGAAAACAUUUGUGCCAAUUAUAUCUCGGCCAUGUUUGAAACUGGAUCACAUUGGGUAAAAAAGAUAUCAUAAGGUAAAAUCAAAUAAAAAGCUUGUGAGCACUGCUAGAGGCUGCAUGAUAGUCCAGGUGUUAGGUAAGUUUUCCUUGUAAAUCCUUGUGAAACUUUCUGAAGACUACCUUUUCAGAACAUGUAAGUGUAUUGGGGUUUUAGGUGAGCGCCUUGGGCCCUCAAUGAGGAUCUGCCGGAUAUUAAAAACUAAUCAUAUAAUUAUUGGUUUUAGCUAUAGAAUAUCAAUAUGUAUUUAAAGCUUUUUUUACUAACAUUAGUUUCUAGAAUCAAUUAGAAGUGUUAGUGUGAAGUUUUAUACUAAACUCCGAUUUUUAAAUGAGUAAAAAGCUGAUUUCGCCAUUUUAUGCUUGUGCCAUAAUAAAGCAUUAAAUUUGUCAGCCUAAUUUCCAAUUUCAGCAUUGGAAGUCAGUAAAUGUAAUUGUGACUACAAUUAUCGUUCUGCUUGUGCUGUGAUUUGUCUUCAAUUAUCCUGUUUUGAGUUUGUGCCCCAGAGUUAAUAUUUACUAUGUAUGGGCCAUCAACAUGUUUGGCUUCCAAAAUGCCAAUCAUAAAUGCUCAUUUGGGCACUUCAAGUGUGAGCCUUUCUGAUCAGUCACGCUCUGUCUGUUUUACAUCAUUUUCCUUUAUUAAGAAUUUAUUAAAACAAAUUAUAAUAUGAAUCUACAUGACUGUUGAUUUUAAACAAAACAUUGCAGAAAUGUGGCUAGGAUGCUUAUUUGAAAAAAAAGAAAUCUUGUAAAGGAUUACCUUCUACCAAAUUUGUUUGAAUUAUUUUGAUUUAUUUAUAAGUGUUGCCGCUGGGGAUCUGGGUUAUUUCCAUUGUAUGUAUAUUCUAAACGUUUAUAAAAGGUCUGGUCCAUCAGGAUUUCAAAAGGUUUUACAUUAAUUGGUUGUAGGGUGACCUGAUAUUCAGUUUCUUACAUUAUUUUGAUUAUUUAUAAACAUGCCUUUUCUUUUUACCGAACCACUGGCUGGAUUUCAAGAUGAUAUCAUUCUGUAAAUUUACCUUCUGUGACCAAUCAUCAAACUAUGUCAAAUUAGUUUAGUUCGUUCAAAACCAAAGUUGCCAGAUGGGCAGAGAAGAUGUUUUGUUUGGCUUGAUCGGAUACAAACUUUAACACAUUUUUCGUAAAACACCAUCUGGAUUUUAAAAAAGGGUUUACUGUUUACACUUUAUUUAAAUAAUUUUGAUUUGGCUUUCUUUAUGUGAUUGUAUUUUUUUUAAAUCUUCUUGUCCAAUACCAUUUGUUGGAUUUCAAAAUUAUUUCACUGAAAUGGUUAAAGGGUUAUCCGGUACCAAAUGUAUUCAAAUGUUUUUUAUUUAUUUGCAAAACACAUGGCCACCAGUUUUCUUUACAUGACAUUAUGGAAAACCAUAAAAAUCUUCUUGUCUGUUAUCACAGCCUGAAUUUCAGUUUACUAAAUUUUGUCAAAUGAUUUUAAUUCAUUGAAAUACAUAAAUACAAGGCAGUGAUCCUUAUUUAUUUUGAAAACUUAAAGCUUAUCUUACAGAAAACACUUUCAAAUUUAAUAUUUUUUAAACACAAUUGAAUACAUGUAGUAUGAUUUCCACCAUAUGUUCGUGUCUUGUCAGCUCUUAACUUCAAAUAUUUUUACACAGCAUCAUUGUGGCUUUUACUCAGAUGUGCAAUCCUGUGACACAUUGGUCCUCUUACGUUGGGUAUCCACCAAUUGUUUGGUGAUUUGCUUUUCCAUUAAGGACUAUUCAAAUACAAUUGCUGUAAAUAGAGCUUACAAAGAAAAACAAGCGUUUGAAAUUUAGUAAACUUUUUUUCCAAUACUGUGAAUGAUAUUUAUGAAACAGGGUAUUUUUUGGUAUGUUAAUUUUAUAAUCUUGUGUAUAAUGGUGUUUACAAAAGGCACACUUUAACACUAAAUUACCUCUGAAAUUUACCUCUGUAACUUUUUAACUGUUAACAGAGUUUACUGCGUUCACACGCCAUGUGCUAUUGUAAAAAUUGGGUUAGGGACAACGACAACGAGCGAGGCAUGGUAUUGUGAUGCGCAUGGGGGGGUUAGUGGGUUAGAGUACGGGUUAUGGUUAUGGGUCGGGUUUGGGUUAGGGUUAGCCGUAACCCUAACCCUAACCUAACCAUAACCCAGGGUUAUCUUCCCUAUACCAUGCCUGGCUCGUUGUUGUUGUCCGCUUCCUUUGUUUACAUUUGUUUAAUGUGAUCUGUUUGUGUAACAUUCAAAUCUUGCAUGUGCAUCGUGUAUUGAAAGCUAACAUGACCACAACAUGCUCAUGCAGUCAUGGUGAUUUUUUGUGAUCACCUUUUUUCCCUCAUCUUCGUCUGAAAUCACUUGUCAACAUUUGUCUAAUGUUAACACUCUAGAGGUCACAUUUAUUGCCCGAUCUUAAUGAGACUUUGUCAGAACAGUUGUCUGGAUAGUAUCUGGGCUGAGAUCAAAACUUGGUCAUGAUGGGUAAGACUAGAUCACAAGGUCAAAGUAAAGAAAAAGCUCAUAUAAACUCUAGAGGCCAUAUUUUAUCCCAAUUUGAAUGAAACGUUGUCCAAAUUAUAUCUCAGCUGAGUUUAAACGGAAUCACAUCAAAUGAUUGGUUAAAUUAACUAGGUCACAAUGUAAAAAAAAGAAAACCUUGUUAACACUCUAGAGGCCAAUUCAGUAUCUUCAUGAAAAUUUCUCAAAUCAUUUGCUCUUAUGAUGUGGCAGCUGUAUUCAGAAAUUGUUCAGGUUUUUUGAAAAACACAUCUUCCAAGGGACUGGGCAGUUUUCUUUAUAUGGCUAUUGUUGUAUUGUUGAGCCAUGUGAGAACUAUCAGUCACACUUUAGUCUUCAUCAAGCAUUGAUUUGGAACAUUUAUUCUGCGGUUUACUAUACAUGUAUAUGGCUAGAGUGGAACCUGUGAGAAACUAGAAGUCACAAAUGGCCUAAUUUUCCUCAGGAUAUUUGUUCUAAUUAUAUCUGGCACAAAUUUGAAAACAGUCCUUUGGAAAACAUAGCCCAAAGAGGGGGAGGGGGAGUUUUCAUGAUGGCUAUAUUGAAACCGUGUAAACACGCUAUAAGUCACACAUUUUGCCAAUCCUUCAUAAAAUGUUAAUAAAACCUUGUACAUCAGAUUUAUUGUCAGAUCUACAUACAACUUCUACAGAACAUAUGUUCUUCUGAUAUCAUAUCUCAGUCUGUUCUGUUGAAACGAAUGUAGGUAAAAAUGCCAGAGGUAAAAAUGCCAGAGGUAAAAAUGCCAGAGGUAAAAAUGCCAGAUGUAAAGCGGUAAAAAUGCCAUAGGUAAAAAUGCCAUAGGUAAAAAUGCCAGACGUUAUAUAGUAAAACAGAUUUUUAUGUCCCCCACUAAAGUAGUGGGGGACAUAUUGUUUUUGCCCUGUCUGUCUGUUUGUCUGUUUGCGCCAACUUUAACAUUUUGCAAUAACUUUUGUUAUAUUGAAGAUAGCAACUUCAUAUUUGGCAUGCAUAUGUAUCUCAUUAAGCUGCACAUUUUGAGUGGUGAAAGUUCAAGGUCAAGGUCAUCCUUCAAGGUCAGAGGUCAAAUAUAUGUGGCCAAAAUCGCUAAUUUUAUUAAUACUUUUGCAAUAUUGAAGAUAGCAACUUGAUAUUUGCCAUGCAUGUGUAUCUCAUGGAGCUGCACAUUUUGAGUGGUGAAUUGUCAAGGUCAAGGUCAUCCGUCAAGGUCAGAGGUCAAAUAUAUGUGGCCCAAAUCGCUUAUUUUAUAAAUACUUUUGCAAUAUUGAAGAUAGCAACUUAAUAUUUGGCAUGCAUGUGCAUCUUAUGGAGCUGCACAUUUUGAGUGAUGAAAGGUCAAGGUCAUCCUUCAAGGUCAGAGGUCAAAUAUAUGUGGCCCAAAUCACUUAUUUUAUGAAUACUUUUGCAAUAUUGAAGAUAGCAACUUGAUAUUUGGCAUGCAUGUGUAUAUCAUGGAGCUGCACAUUUUGAGUGGUGAAAGGUCAAUGUCAUCCUUCACAAGGUCAACGUCAUCCUUCAAGGUCAAACGUCAUAUAGGGGGACAUUGUGUUUCACAAACACAUCUUGUUGAGCAAUAUUUUUUAAGGAUAUUGAGUAUUGUAUGGAAACAAUUUUUUAUUUGAACUUGUUCUACUUGUCUUACUAAUAAAUUUAGACAGUAAUUUUGUUGUUUUGUGCUUUAUUCAUUCUGUUUAUUGGUUGGAAUUUUUUGUUUCUUUGAUGAAUCGUCAUUAAAGGAAACUUGUUAAAUUCAUUGUAAAAGCUAUUGGAUUGUUAUUGAUGUAAUGGAAUCUUUAGAUUUUUGAGGAUAAUAAAUUAUUAAAGCAAUGUGACAAACAAGCAGGGUUUUGAUGGUGAUUAUGUUUGCAUUUAUUAUUUUAAAUGAGGCAUGUAUUGAUACGUCUAGCUAAUUACAGCAUUUAAACUUAGAGCUGAUAAUAUAAAGAUUUUUUAGAGAGUAAAUUUUCCCCCCACAACUAAAAUUGUGUACAUAACAUCUAACUGUAUUUUUUUCUUUAUCAAUUGCGGAUUUUAAAAAUUCACUUAACUUUGUUAAAACAGAUAGAGCUUUCUCUUACAUCAUACAUUCUCACAAAAGUCAUAUAUUUGUACAAAAUGCAUACACAUAUUUUUGGUGUUAUUUUGAUGCAUGUGUAUUGUGUAUUUAUUAUUAUGGUUGUUUGACGUUUAGCUGUAUAUGCUUAUGUCGUAAAUAAACUCGCUGUUCUGUUC